GCUCCGGUCCCGGUCUGCGAGCGGCAGAGCCUCCCCCAGCCCCGCCGCCGCCGCUCCCCGCCGGGCUGCGAGGGGGCAGAGAGGGCAGCGGCAUGCCCAGGCGGAGCAUCGCGGAGGUGAAGGUGCUGGACGUGCAGAAGCGGCGCAUCCCCAACAAGCACUAUGUGUACAUUAUCAAAGUCGCCUGGUCCAAUGGGUCCACAGAAGUCAUAUACCGACGGUACAGCAAGUUCUUUGACCUCCAGAUGCAAAUGCUGGACAAGUUUCCGAUGGAAGGAGGGCAGAAGGACCCCAAGCAAAGGAUCAUCCCCUUUUUGCCAGGGAAGAUCCUCUUCCGCCGGAGCCACAUCCGUGAUGUUGCAGUCAAGCGCCUGAUACCCAUCGACGAAUACUGCAAGGCUCUGAUCCAGCUGCCUCCCUACAUCUCCCAGUGUGAGGAGGUUCUCCAGUUCUUUGAGACACGACCUGAUGACUUGACACCUCCUAAAGAGGACCCUAUUGGAAAGAAGAAGUCUGGAGCUGACUCUGCAUCCGUCGACCCCUUGGUGCUGGAGCAGUAUGUCGUGGUGGCAGACUACCAGAAGCAGGAGAGCUCCGAGAUCAGCUUGUGCGUGGGCCAGUUGGUGGAUAUCAUUGAGAAGAACGAAUCAGGCUGGUGGUUUGUGAGCACAUCGGAGGAGCAAGGCUGGGUGCCGGCGACCUGCCUGGAGGCCCAGGAUGGUGUUCAGGAUGAGUUCUCAAUGCAGCCUGAUGAAGUCCCACGGAGAUACUGGUCUCUGCCCAGGCACGUUGGCCGCCGUCGGACUCUUGGGGACUUAUACACCAGUGGAUGGGGUCAAGAGGAGAAGUACACCGUUAUUUACCCAUACACCGCGAGAGACCAGGAUGAAAUGAACCUGGACAAAGGGGCUGUGGUGGAGGUGAUCCAGAAGAACCUGGAGGGCUGGUGGAAAAUCAGGUACCAAGGCCAAGAAGGCUGGGCCCCCGCCUCCUACCUCAAAAAGGGGAAUGGAGAGAUGUUCUCACAGAAGCUGGGAUCAGGCUCCUCCGCUCAUUCCUGUGCCUUGGAUCUGGAUGGCAUCUCCCGGCAGCAGGUUGUGGCGAGCCGAGAGAAGGAUGGGCUUGCUGGCCAAAGGGACGGGAGGUUCGACAGCCGUCCCCUGCCCAAUGCUGACAUCCGACGCAAGUCACCAAAGAUGAGGCAGAGACCCCCUCCUCGCCGAGAUCUCACCAUACCACGUGGUUUGAAUCUGCCUAAACCUCCUGUCCCACCUCAAGUGGAAGAGGAAUAUUACACCAUCGCUGACUUCCAGACCACCAUCCCUGAUGGCAUCAGCUUCCAGGCAGGAAUGAAAGUAGAGGUUAUUGAGAAGAACCUGAGUGGCUGGUGGUACAUUCAGAUUGAGGAGAAGGAAGGCUGGGCCCCUGCCACGUUCAUUGACAAGUACAAGAAAACCAGCAACGCGUCCAGGCCGAAUUUCCUGGCUCCACUACCCAACGAGAUGGCCCAGCUCCGGCUCGGUGACACCACAGCUGACAGCAACACCAGCGAAGAAGCAGUGGGACCAUGUCGUCCUCUGCCAGAGGCUCCUCCUAAUGGUACGGACUGUGGUGGGAAGUGGGCCAAAGACUGGAAGGGGAAGGAGGCUCCCGAGAGUGGGGACCUAGCCUUUGCUGGUGGCUAUGAGGAAAUUGUGGACCAUGACACGGAGGAGAAGCCCAGCCUGCCGCCCAGGAAGGAGUCCAUCAUUAAAUCAGAAGGCGAGUUACUGGAGAGGCAGAGGCCUCCCCCCAAGCCUCCAGGCAUGAUUUUGCCUAUUAUCCCACCUAAGCAGUCAAUGGCCCCAAAGGACAACAAGAAGCCUGAGCUGAAACCGGAGAAGGGCAAACUCUUCCAGCUGAAAAACGAAAUGGGACUGGAAUGUGGACACAAGGUGUCAGCCAAGGAGGUGAAGAAGCCAAACCUCCGGCCCAUUGUCAAGCCAACCAAGCCAAAAGCUGAGCCCGUGGAGGACAAGCCUGAGCCCAUCACCCAGAAUCCAUUCUUGAAGUCAAGACCUCAGAUCAGACCAAAACCCGCUGCAGCCCCCCGAACUGACCCACAUCCAGCUGAUGAUAAACUGGACAUUUGCAGCCUGCGAAGCAAGCUUAGACCUGCAAAGUGCCCAGAGAAACCCUCUGAGCAGGACACUGCUGCUGGUGAAAGCUCCUUCAGUAACGCCGUGGUCUCUUCAGAGGCUUCUGGAAGGUUUCAGGAGCGACCAAGUACAGAGAGCAAACCCCUGCCCAAGCUGGAGAGCCAGCCUGUGAAAGAGGUGCUGCCCAAAUCUCCCCUGGGCCCAGCAAACACCCCGGGUGCCAGGGAGCCCCCGCCGCAGCGCCCCAUUGUGCCACCCCGCAGACCACCACCCCCAAAGAAAACGGGGGGUCCUGCCCCUGGCCCCGUGGCAGAGCUCAGGGCCCCAGCACGGGAAGCGCCCGAAAUCAGAUCGUCCCCGGUGCCAGGGAGGCCCAUGCUGGUUCCUCCAAAAGCCAAGCCAUUCCUCUCUGCCUCCAUCCAAGAAGAAGCCAAAGUGAAAAGCAGCGUAAGCCCAAAGGUGGUGUCCAAGCCGGUGGAGAGAGGGGAAGCCAGGGAGAGGACCUCAGCCCCCGUCUCCAGUCAGGACAUCAGCAGGGAAGCUCUCUAUGUGGCAGUGGCGGAUUUUGAAGGCGACGAGGAGACCAACAGCUUUAAAGAAGGGACUUUGUUUGAAGUUCGGGAGAAGAACAGCAGCGGCUGGUGGUUUUGCAAGGUCCUGACUGGGGGGACGUGCUGGGAGGGCUGGAUCCCUUCCAAUUACCUACGGAAGAAGCCAUAGCCGCUCCUCUGCUCACAUGGCUGGAGGUUCCCUGGUCUCUCACCUGAAUAUUUAAUUAGCAGAUUAAUUUAUAGUUUUCCGUGAGGCUGGCUUUGAAAAAAAAAAAAAAAAUAGUAAUAGAGAUUCCACACAUCCCAGUUGGUGCCCAUUGGUGGCAGCGUGGAGGAAGCAGCUUGAUCUCCCCUGCCCACCUGUGUGCUCCUACUCACCUUCCUCCCCAUGUACCCCCCGAGCACUUUGCUCCUAUGGCCAUGCCAGCAGCCCAGCCAUACAGCUGGGGCUGCUCUGGCCAAGCUUUGUGGCGUAUGAUGGCUACCAUGGUUCUCCAUGCUGUGGAGAUGGACCUUGGUAGACAUUUUUGCCACCUGUAUGGGGAACUGAAAUGGAAUUGAAAAGGGAGAAGUGAAGCGUGGCGCGGUACCAGCAAAGGAGAUCUCACCUUACAAAAAAGGUUUGCCUUUCCCUGAGGCUCAGGGUCACAGUCAAAUGUUGUAGGUCACAUUGCUUAGUCCAGGUGUGUAGCCGAGCCACAGGGAAGGUGGCAAAAAGAAGGAAUGAUCGCAGAGAAACAGGGUCCCUGUAGCUCUGUGCAUAUGUGCAGGCACAGGCAUUGCACCCUGGAAAGGGCUGUCCCUCGCUCCCCGCACCGUGCAUACCACAGGACCAUCCCUUGGUCCAUCCCUGCUCUACGACAAGUGUUGUUAACUUCAACAUCCUCCUGGUGGAAAAAAAAAAAAUACACAAAAAUACACACACACAAUGGACAUAUAUAACAGGUCCUCUCUGUGCAGAUCCAGGACACUACGCAGGCUUCUCCUGUGCAGUGUUGCAACCAAACAACAAGAGGUGUUUUGCCUCGGUAGCUGAAGAAUACUAUGCAAGGCACAGAGGACCAAAAUGACCCCAAAAGCCCUGAAAAGAGGAUGCUUUGCUUUUCUUCCCACACAGUCUGCCCUGCCUGUUGGACUAUUAGGGGACCACGCGUUCCCAGGACCCACAGAGCUUCCCCAGGCUGGCGGGCAGCAGCCAGGAGGUGGGUCCUUCAGUAGGUGCUGAUAUUACCAAGUGCAAUCCAGAAUGUGGGAGUUCAGCUCCUCACCACAACCAGUUGCGAGGCGUGUCUGGUGCUCAGGGGCUCCCUGCCUUGUUCGUCACCCCGUCUGCCUGUUUUCCAGGUACUUUCCUUUCAUCCUGCGUGGCGGGCUGUUUGGGGGGCUUCAGGUCAAGCGGAGCCUGGUGUUUUUCUGUGCUGACAUUCCUGCCUGCCAAGCUUAAUCUUGCCUGCAGUGUUGCUUAUCCCAGCAGGAGGAUGAGCUGUCGUUCCCCAGUGCUGCUUUCUUCUCUCUGUACUUGGCUGCUUCCAGAUGCAGGGCCCCAUUUCUCUCUCCAGAGGAGCUUUAAAACCUGUUCUUCUGUGGGUUUCUUGUUGACCAAGCCCUGGAGCCCUUUCUCGUCUAAUUGCAAGUGUGAGCGCUGCAGCCGCAGCUCUACAGCCACGUUGUUUUCCUGCUGAAAACAAUUAUAGUUUUCCUCUAAUUUGAGGCUGGCAGAAUUGAAGCAGUGUUGUCCGCCCCCCCCCGAGGCACUCACUUCCUUCUCUGUCCUGUAUUUUCUACCCUGGAAACAUGGAGUUGGAGGUGUCUCUGUCUGUGUACAGAAUGCAAAUGGUGGUGCCUCACACCAGGGUUGUUCUGGGAAGGGUGAUGGGACAGUUUGUCCCACCUGAUCUGAUGGAGAAGUCCUGACCAUCCCAGUCCAGCCUCAUACCCAGAAGCCCCAAGGUUCAUUUUUAGCUGUGGGAAUUCACACCCCCGGCUCUCCAGCUGAUUCCUCUUCCUCCCACCUACAGUUUUCUCUGGUGGCACCAUCAGCCUCCCAUCAGGCUGACUCACCUGCGCUGGCAAUAAGCAAUAACAUCUGCAACCCAAUCCUCUAAGAACGUUCCCUGCGUGGCACAUUGCGAGGUGUUGCUGUGCUCCCGGGAGAGUUGCGGGGUGGGCUGGGGGAAAAAUGCUGCCCUGUCUCUGUGCAUCUCUUGCUCCCGUAAAUCCCUUUUGCUUUGGAAAGGAAUGGGGACAGGAAGAGUUAAGCCAGAGCUCUCUGGCAGCCAAAUCCAGCCCCCAGCAUAGCUGGGGAGGGGGCUGGACCUGUGCCCCCCAUCCUCUCUGGCAGGGGGUGAAAGUGCUGUGUGCCCUUUCCCCAUGGCACUGUGUCCUUGCUCUCUCUUCCUGAAUGGCCUUUUAAUCUCAGCAGCAUCUCUCCUUUCUCUGUCUCAGAGACCUCACUGCCCCCGGCUUUCCUCAGAGGGGACAAUGCUAUUUCUGUGACCUCCCUACUAAAUGAGGGCUAUUUCUGCUUUCCUCCCAGACUGAACCUCAGAACUGGUAGUGCUUCAUUUUGCUGACACAAGUACUGUAUUUGGCUCAUUGAGGGCGUGAUGGGAUCGCUCCCUUGUUCCCAAAGAGCUUCCAAGAAGGCAGGGUGAGUUCCCAAGGUGUGUGUGGGGGGUCACCCUCAGUAGGGUGCUGACACCUGCAGCCUUACUCCUUCCUGCCGCUCUUCCAUCUGCGAAGGGACUGCAGGUUGGGCAAGAUGCUGUGAGCCAUUGGGCUGGCAGGGCUUUGCCCUCCCUUGUCCCACACAUGUGUCCCCCCCAGUUUGGCAGCCGUGCUCACCCCCUGCCAGGCUGUGCCUCCUCUCUGUACCUCGCGCAUCCAACGCGGCCAAGCUCCCCGACUACCUCUGAGGAGGAGGAGGGCGGCCGGGAGGCUCAGUGCCCUGAGUUUGGCCGCACGGUGCAUCACCCCAUCAGCCAAAGACCAACCUCCCUCCUUGCCCACCAGCAGCGUGGCCCUGAGGCUGGUGCUUGCAGCAAGGGUUGGGGUGCAUCGCCAUGGUUUGGGGCAGAAGAGCCAGGUGUCGGGGUUGGGGGGGGGUCCCACAGCUCGGCACAUUCCUGGCAGGCUCUCAAAGCCUGCUUGUCCAUGUUUCGCUGUAUUAUGUAGGCGCAUUUAAA